AUGGCGGCUUAUGGUGCAGCUGUUUCUCUCAAGAAUACGAUCAAGCUUUAUACGCAAUCGUCUCGCAUUUCGCUGGUUUCUCCCUAUCCAAUAGUCGAGCAAUUCAUCGCUUCCUAUUGUGCUUUGUUUGAUCAUUCAUACAUCAAAGUGGUGAUGGCGGCUUAUGCUGCAGCGGUUUGUCUGAACUACACAAUUUCGAGCAUUCGACAAUCGUUUCUGAUUUCACCGGUUUCUGUCUUUCAUAUCUCAUAUUUCAAAUGGUUGAUGGUGGCUUAUGUUGCAGCGGUUUAUCUCAAGUAUAAAAUUCUACCUCGUGCUCUCUCCGUAAAAUUCAUAGUGCCCGCGAAGGCCUACAAUGCCAUGUGUCGCUUGCAGAAAGUUCUGCUGAAAUUGGAGGAGACCGGCUUCAGCAGGAUCAGGACGAAGGUGAAUGCUUUGGAUGAACGGAUCAAGGAGGCCAUAUGGGAAUUCGAAGAUUUGAUAGAAUCCAACUUCACCAAUCAGAUUCUUCCACUGCUCGAAAGUGGAACAAGUCACUUGUCUUACUCCGUAGAUCUUUGGAGUCUGAAGCAGAGUGUUGAUUGCUUCGUGGAGAGGGUGGCGGUCAUGGAGGCAGAGUAUGAUGUUGAACUGGCUAAUAUGUCUGAAGAAGAAGGCGAACCUAUUUCCUCGAGAAUUGAUUUUGGUAGAAUCAACUCGGAGAUGGUUGGAUUGUCUCUUGAAUUUGAACGAGCCGUGGAUUACUUGAUCGGAAAUGAAGGGAAUCGGUUGUUAGUUACUGGGAUGGCUGGGGUUGGAAAGACAACUAUUGCGAAGAAAAUAUUUGAAGAUCCAUCAAUUCAGAGACAUUUCGAGCUUCGUGCAUGGGUCAGAGUGGGCAGGAAAUGUGGAGCAAAUGAGACAUUACGAUGCAUUCUAGCUCAACUGGAUCCUAACAUGCUUGCCCAAGAUGAUGGCGCGAAAUUAGUUGGACUCUUGGAAGAGAUAUUGAAGGACAAGAAAUGUCUCAUUGUGUUUGAUGACGUAUGGAAAUGGGAUACAUGGGUGAUGGACAACUUGCCGGAAGAGAAUGUUCGAAUCUUGGUUACAAGCAGGCUAGCAAUUGAAGAAUGUGCACAUCAUGCUACAUUACGCUUGUUGAAUAGAGAAGAAAGUAAGAAAUUACUUGGUGAGAAGGUGUUCGGUGAAGAGGGUUUCCCUUCUUGCCUUGAGAAAUUGGGGGAGAAGAUUGCCGAGAAAUGUGAAGGUCUUCCACUUAUGAUAGUCACAGUUGCAAGGCUCCUGUCCAAAGACGACAAGGACCCAGAGUGUUGGACUGAGGUGGCCGAAAAGCAACAUAAUUCGAUUUUUGUGGAUGCAUAUGAUCAAAUAUCAGAGGUACUUUUCCCAAGCUAUGAUUACUUGCCUCAAUAUUUGAAAAUGAUUUUCCUCUAUUUGGGAGCUUUCCCUCCGUAUAGUAAUAUCGAUAUAGACAGCAUCAACCCUCGGUUGAUUGCUGAGGGGUUUCUUGAACCGACUGAAAAUGAAACUACUAGUGAUUUCAUGGCCCAAUGCUUGGCAAAGCUUUUUAACUGGUAUCAUCUUCUACUACUCGAUACAAAUCUAGAAUCUUGGUUUUCAAAGCAAGAGUUUCGUGUACAUUCUUGUUGGCAGUAUUUGUGCAAGAGAGAAGCUAGUAAGAUUAAGUUUUUGCAUGUCUUACAAAGCUGCACUGAUGUUAUGAAAGAUCAGCGUCGAUUGUGUGCCCAUCGCAACACUUUGUUUUCCUUCAAAGAAGUGUAUGAUUCAAUAAAAAGUGAUUGUGCAUCCACUGUUCGUUCUCUCCUUUGUUUUGGUCCUUACCACAAAUAUCCGGUGCCAAUACAUGACAUGGAUUUCAAGUUGCUCAGGGUACUCGAUGCUGUUAAAGUUCGAUUUUACCAUAUCCCACUUGGAAUUCUUAAACUAGUUUGUCUAAAGUAUCUUGCUUUAACUUGCAACACCGAGAUCCCUAUUUCCAUAUCCAAUCUUCUUCACCUUCAAUCCCUGAUUAUCAAACCACAUAUGAACAUUAGAAAACGUGGAGUUGUGUCGUAUAUGCCAACCGAAAUAUGGGAUAUGCUAGAACUACAGUAUAUUGCUGUCAUGGGAAGAGACUUACCGACCCCUAAUUCUGAUGCUACUUUGGAAAAAUUCUCUUGUAUUUUUGGGGUGAGUGCAAAGAGUUGCACAAGAGAAAUACUCAAAAAAGUUCCUAAUUUAAUUGAAUUGGGAAUUAUAACAGAGUUGAAGCCUUAUGAUGAUGAUGAUGAUUGCAACCCGUUGAAUGCCUUGGGUUAUAUCUCAGAGGAGCUCCGGUAUUUGCAUAUACUUACAUAUAAUGUAAUGAACCCCGAGAUGAAGUAUAAGCAUAUAGUGCCUCUUUCAAUGUUCCCACCAACUCUUAUAAGGUUGCAUUUGAGUGGCUUAGGGUGUCCAUGGGAGCACAUGAAUGAGAUUGGUUUGUUGCUACCAAAUCUUAUGGAUCUCGAGUUAAAACACUAUGCCUUUCAAGGUCCCGAGUGGUAUAUAAAUCCAAGGUGUUUUAUGAAACUUGAGACACUUGUAAUCGAAGACACGAAUUUGGUGCGAUGGAAAUCUCAAAAUGGAAGCCUCUCAAGGCUUGAGCUCCUAAGCAUACGGCAUUGCUACAAAUUACAACAACUCUUUUGGAAACGUCAUCCCACAGCAGUUCCAACUACAGUUGAGUUAGUUGAGUGCAAUCCCUUAGCUGUAAUUUCUGCUCAUCACUUGAGAUCGCGAUCUGCCUUUAGAGUUCGUUGCCACUCUUCUUUUUGAGAUAAGAAGUUGUAGCUAGACUCUCAACUUGGUUAACAGAUGGAGUUGCAUUGACCUUCCUUGCAAAACAUGAUCAUCCCUCGAAGAUUGCAGCCUAGAAGUGAUUUUGGAUUACAUGUUGAAGGCCUUUUUCUAAUUAUGCUUUAAUUUCAGUACUUGAGGUAUAGGCUUAGCCCAUCUUUAUUUGACUACAGUUAUGAGUUUCUUCUAUGUAUUACUCCCUCCGUCUCCAAUUAAUUGACACCGGUUAAUUUGACACAGAUUUUAAGAAAUAUAGUGAA